CCGUGUCCAAUAAUCUCCUCGUCCAUUGAACGCUAUCCAAAGAAUAACGCUACCCAAUAAUAAUAAUAAUAAUAAUAAUAACAAUAAUAAUAAUAAUAAUAAUAAUUUGAUAUUUGAAAAUUUCUUUUUCUUUUUAAUAAAACAUGCAUAAAGGCUGCGAAAGAUACGAGGAAUGGAAAGCGGAACGAGCGAUGAAGACAAAAAUUCAGGAAAAAAAGAAAGAAAGGAAGAAACGUAAGAAAUUGAAAAAGAUCGAGGAGGAGGACGUUGACGAGGUGGACGAACUUGACAAAACCAUUCGAAAGUGUAGAAAAAAGAAGGAGAUAAAGAAGGAGAAGAAGAAACCGAGACAAAAAGUUAGAAAAAUUUAUAAACACAUACCGGAAUCAGAAUUGAUCUUAGGAUGUAUAAAACCAUCCAUAGAAGUGAGGGAAUACUUCCUCAAUCCACGUCAUAUUUUAUGCAUGGGUCUUACAAUACCGCCAAUGUACAUAUCGGAAGCACCGCCGAUAACUCGCGUGGCUGAUCGAAAAAAACCGACUCCUUUCAAAAAAUGGAGUUGUAAAAAAAUAAUGGAAGAAUCGGAUUUAGACAGCCCAAGCGAAUCUAUUUGUUCCUUCCACAGUGAAAUAUGCCUUGCAAACGUGAAGUUGACAUCGAAGGAUCUAAAGGAGAUCAAGAAAUCUCAAGAAAAAAGAUACGAAGAUGUCGAAUAAGGAAGAA